AUGCCCUCAAAAGACAUGAGACCCGCCGUGAUUGGGCUUUAUGGAUUGCCCGGCUGCGGCAAGUCGUUUCUAUUGAAUGAGCUCAAGAAGCACCUCAGCCACAGCGAGUACGCAUUUUUUGAAGGUUCCGAUGUAAUUUCCUCCAUCGUGCCAGGGGGGUUAAGCACAUUUCAGGAACUGGAAGAAGAGCAGAAGCAGCUAUGGAGAGGAUUUGCAAUCGACAAAAUUGUUUCUGAGUGCCAAGAUAGUGCAAAGACCGCUGUUGUCGCCGGACAUUUCAUGUUCUGGUCUCAGGGAGAGCUGGCUACCGUCUGGACUCCCAAGGACAAGACAGCCUAUACCCAUAUAAUGUAUCUGGAUGUUCCAGAAGGGAUUAUUGCGAAGCAACGACUCGACGAUGUGCAUAGACAUCGUGCAGAAAUUCCAUUGGCAGAACUAGCAAGAUGGCAACAGGCGGAGAUAGACCAGCUAUCACACCUCUGUCAGAGGCACGGCAUUUUGUUCUCGCGCUUGCCUGAACGAUCACGCAGUCAUAUUGCCACUGUUUUGAAGCUUAUUCAAUUUUCAAGUCUGGUCAUUACGGAGGCAAAUGCGACGAGAGUCGACGCCAAAGUCAACAACUUCCUGGCCGACCAUGCUGAGCUCGAAACAGUGGUGGUUGUUGAUGCAGACAAGACUUUGUCCUCAGAGGAUACGGGUGUUGUGUUCUGGCAAUCUCUGGACCUACGCCGGCCCCCCCUUGACGCACUCAAAGCCCAAGAUUGCCCUCUGUCUGAUUUGUUCAGUGGCCCUCUUGGCUAUUCCGAAGCUGCGUUCCUCCAGGCGACGCUGCUAUAUGAGGAAGCGGCCAAUGAAGAAGACUUCGAGCGCAUUUGUGAUAUUGUCGCGUCAAAAACAAAGAUGUACGCUGAAUUUGUAUCACUUUUCCGAUCUAUAGCAUGUCAUGACUAUGUGCGAGUUUUGGUCGUGACUUGCGGAAUUCGUCGUGUCUGGGAGAAGAUUCUACAUAGGGAAGGAUUCUCGCGAACAAUCCAGGUCAUCGGAGGGUCGAGAAUCUCAGAUGGCGUUAUCGUCACGGCAGACGCCAAGGCUCAGGAGAAGAAAAAGAAUGAACGUGUCAAAGAGGUUGUCAAGCAGGUUUAUGACGCCGUAGGUUCAUUUGUGAACUCGGAGCGAAAAGAAGAAUUCAAAUCCAAACUGGAAGACUUGUGUAAUCGCACAUGCGAUGGGUGGAUGCAGAUUCAACAUCUUGAAGAGAGAGUGAGACCAAGCUUUUCCCCCAACUACAUUAAUGUCUGGAAGCCUCUGCCUGGAUCUUCGUCCAGCAGACGCACAGAGACGACCACGUCAACACCUUCGCCUGCUUCGUCUACUGCUGCCUCGACAUCACAAAAGAAGCCUGAAGAGGGUCAGCCACGCAGACAAGAAGUUGGCAAGGUUAUAUGGCCCGAUGGUCAGCCACGCAGACAGGAAGUUGGCAAGGUUAUAUGGCCAAGUUUUCUCUACCAGCAUCCCGAAGACCCGGACGAAGGUCUUCUCCAUCAUGGCUAUGUUCUGACAGACGCCCAGACUGCUGAGGCAGAGAAGGAAGGGGAGAGUUCACGCAGACUUGCUCGAAGAAACACGAGGAAUAAUGAGCAGAUAGGAACCAAAAAGAGGCGAGACUCGGGUAUUUUUUUAUCCAAGGGAGGUUCAGACAGAUCUGGAAUCGCAUGA